GAGGGCCGCACAACGGGCGACGGGGAUCGGAACGUGACCUACGCAGGAGAUGUCGACAAGAUGACAGCGGCCGUAUGACGACGCUGGCUGGCUGGCUGAGCCGUUGCCUGCUCUCGCACGACGCGACAGAACCGGAGAGAACGUCGCUCUGCACCAAGGGGUGCGUCAAGUGCAAACGCAAUCAGUGUAGACGAAGAGAUUCAACAACGUCGUUGUCGUCAUCGUCGUCGUCGGUGCCGCGCCCCCGUGCGAUGCCGUGCACGACGGCGCCUUGAGAAGUGGUGUUGACGGUGGAGUUUCGAGGAAGAGUUUCCGGCGAGGAUUGCCGUCGUUCCCCCCGCAUCCGCGUCCGGAGGCAUGAGCGUGUUCGGGGACUUCCAGCGUGUCUGGGUGCAGCGGUUUCCGGACAGCGCCUUGCCGGCUGCCUGGGAGGAAGACGUCAGAGCUAAUCUGGUGAAGCACAAACAGAAGGUGACAGCAUUGAGAGAAGAACUUGAGAAAGAAGAGUUUUAUGUGGAAUAUCUAGAAAGAUUAUUGGCCGAUGUCGAACGACACAAGCAGCUGGCUAACAAUACUAACGCGAAUGCGGGCACACCUGAGAGUACCCAGCAAACGGAACCGCAUUCGCAGCAGGACACUCAAGUAUUAGAAAACAGCUUGGCGGAACUAAAUUCGCCAACUUCUCAGAACGUUGGACCAUCCGCCCCUACUCUGACGGAUCGAGAAGACAUCAGUAAGUUUCAGGACAAAUGCGUGUCCGAAUUGAGCUCUACUUUGAGCACAACCGGCAAAAGGCCCAAAAGCGAGAUACCGAGGAGUCCCGAGAAAGUGCCUGAACUUAGAAGAAACAGUGAUCCGGAUGUGCCAAGUAAUUACGUUACGGUGAUCGAAGUCACUGGGAGUUCUAAGAAAGAUAAGAAUGAGGAAUCACUCAAGGAGGAGGAUGAAAAAGAUUUGGAGAAGGCUAUCAAUGAAGAUGGUGAAGACGGCGAUGCGGAGGCAUCCGAGGAGGAACCUUAUUACGAUUCAGUAGCUUUGGAUCAAACCGGUGAAUAUGUCUACAUUGACGCACGUGUUCCCAAUGCCAACAGUAACAAUGGCAGUGGCAAGGAACUAGCAGCACCUCGGAGACCACCCUCGCUGCCAGAUUCGCCGGGCAAUCAGAGUAAUUAUGUCAACAUCGAUUAUUUUAUCCAGCAUAGAGCGGCAAUGGACAGCGAAGACGAGGAGGGUGCCAGUCCAGCACCUCCAAUACUGCUGCGAGCUCUCAGCACGGACAACGAAACCGGUAGCAGCGACGCUGAACCGCUGAGCUUAAGCGAAGGUAGUUUGGAAUCACCGACUCCAACGACACCGCGUAGACAGGAAAAAAGCAAGGAUCGCGAGGACGACAGAACGUCGAUGGUCAAGUGUAUCGUGAACUCGGUAGUGGAGAGCGAGGCUGUAUAUGUGGAAUGUUUGACUGUGAUGUUACAAUAUAUGAAAGCUAUUAGGGCAACUUUAACGACGUCUCAACCGGUGAUUUCUGAGGAAGAAUUUGGCACAAUGUUCUACAAAAUUCCGGAACUGCAUGCUCUGCAUCAGACGUUCCUGGAUGGUCUUCGAAAAAAAGCGGAAAAGUGGGACAACAAGACUACUAUAGGAGAACAAUUUAAGAUUAUGGCCAGUAAUAUAGGAUUAUAUGGUGCGUUUUUGCACAAUUACGCUCGCGCGACUGAUACCGUGCGACGAUGCUCCGCCCAUUCCACUCAGUUCGGAGAGAUUACCAGAGAUAUAAGACUUCGAGGUUUUCCAAAAGGUCCGGGUUUGUCGUUAGAGGACCUGUUACAUAAACCAGUCGCACGAGUGCAAAAAAAUGCGUUAGUCUUACACGAUCUUCUCAAGCAUACGCCAGUCAAUCAUGCGGAUCACGCACCUCUGUCAGAAGCCCUGUCUAUGACUAGGAACUUCCUGGAUGAAUUCAAUAUCAUUCAAACGAAGUCGAUGUUUCCGAGUCACGAUAGGGCCCAACGGAGAUUGGUGAAAAAUUCGUUCGUCGUCGAACUCUCGGACAGUCACAGAAAGUUGAGACACCUCUUUCUUUUUAACGACGUGAUCGCCUGCGCGAAGUACAAAGCCUCUGGAAGAGACAAAUUUACAUUUGAAUUGAAGUGGUACGUGCCGGUGGCAGAAGCCGCUGUCACGGAAGACGGCAUCGAGCCGCGCGAGGCCAGCCCCGCGAAUGUGGUAGCUUUAAAGUCGCAAGCGUGUACGGUGCGCGAUCAGAUACUGUGGGAGGAACGGAACGACGAGAAGCGGAUCCGAUUAGGCGGUAGAGGCUCGGAGAAGAACCGCAAGAAGCUCGCCGAGCUCGAGGCCCAACUGGUAUUAGCGUCGCCGAACUUGCUCCUGCGUGUCGCGCAUAAGACUCAGCAGAAUCGGGUGCAGAACUCCUACACCUUUUUCCUGUCCAGCGAGUUUGAGCGUUCUCAAUGGGUAGAAGCAGUGGAAGCGUUACAGCAGGGCGGACAGCCUCCAGGGCAACUGCCAUUGUCGAUGUACGAGCUGCAGGCUUGGGUCACCGCCUGUCGAACGUAUCUGCAGACGGAUAUGGGUAGUUAUCUACUGAGGUCGGGACGCGAUGAGAGCUUGCUACUAGGUGAUCUACAUCUGACUCUGCUUGGUCUGACUCCGCCGGGCUUGGAUAGGGUGGGUGAUCUUUAUAUCAUUGUUGAAGUCGAUAGUUACGGACACUACUUCAAGAGAGCACGGAGUCGCGUCGCCAGAGGUCAAGCUCCGAUUUGGGGUGAAACUUUCGUAGUAGAAUUAGAGGGAAGCCAGAACGUCAGGAUCUUGUUGUACGAGGAGUGUGGGCCACGUUCGGUAUUGCGAGGCAAGUGCAUUCAACGAUUGAGCAGAUCAUGGCUACAAUCCGAUCAGGUUGAGAGGUCGCUAAAUUUAGGACCCGCGACAUUGGACGUGGCAUUGCGUUUCGUUCCCAGCGAGGUCACUCUGAGGCGAGUGCCCUCGGCUAAGCCUCAGGGUUUAUUUGGUGCCAAAAUUCAGCAAGUCUGCAAACGAGAGAAACGCGACGUACCUUUCAUAAUAACGGCAUGUGUGCGAGAGGUGGAGAAGCGGGGCGUCGGUGAGGUGGGUCUCUAUCGUGUUUCUGGGUCCGCGUCCGACGUGGCGAGGCUACGCAAGUCGUUCGAGAGCAAUUCGUACGAAGCGGAGCAGCUGCUUAAAGAGGUGGAUGUACACUCGGUAACGGGCGUACUGAAGCUGUACCUGCGUGAAAUGCCGGAGGCGUUAUUCACCGAUGCCCUUUAUCCAGCGUUCCUGGAAGCCUUCCAAACGGGUGACCUGUCGCGGGGAGCCGCCCUGCGUCGCGUUUACGAGAGCUUGCCCGCUGUCAACAAAGCAGUGAUCGAUUUCCUAUUGGCGCAUCUGGCACGGGUGAACAAGCAUGAAGCACAGAACAAAAUGUCACUGCACAAUCUGGCUACGGUGUUCGGGCCCACGUUGCUGCGACCCGGCACCAGUAACUCGCGCAGUGACGCCAAAAGCCGUGAUCCUCUCGCCGCUGGCACUGUUGACGUAAUGGCACAGGCUGGUAUACUCUACUGCUUCCUGCAGUUACACAUGCAACAACAGAACAAUCAAUCGCUCUAGUCGACAAUGUCCUCUGAUCCUGAACGCGAUUAACGUUAUUAACGUUCGGGAUCGAUUUGCAAUCGAUAAGUACGCGGCAACCUCCUCCUCGACGAAGUAAACUCCAAAAAAUAACGUGUCUGAAGGAUAGUCUAUAGACGUGUCGUCGACAUUACUUGAAACGAUCAAAUUUCGAAAACUUGAUGUUACUUUGUUGCCCAGUACGUUAUGUAAUGAGUUUUGUAUAAUUAUUUUUUGUUUUGUGAAACAAUUAUUGUUCAGUAGAAAUUUACAAUCCAAAUAUCCUUUAAAUGGAGGAUAAGGAUGCAACGCUUUUUAUUUAACAAAGACAUUUUUUAUUAUUUUUAAUUAAUACGUUAUAAUUGAAAAAGCAUUUGUAACAUGUACAUUAUAUCAGAUAAGAGUAAAAUAUGCGUUUUUGUUUAUUUAAUCACAAAGAAGAAUAUGCAGCAUGUACGAUGAUACAAAAUACGCCUCGUACUAAUGAGUUAAUUAGAGAUACUGACUAAUCUAUAUAUCCUUCAGAUACUUAGACGUCUUUUGCAUCGCGCGAGCUGGUACAAUAAUCGAUUCACAUAAUCGAUCUCUUUUAUAGAUGUUGAUUUCGCGCAACGUAUCCGUUUUUGCAAUGUUAAGAUACAUUCUGGAGAUAUAUUAAGCGAAUAACUUUCGAAUAAGCUUUGAAACGAAUAGCUUUUGAAUAAGCUUUGAAACCCUCCACAUGAGGAAUUCCCUCUAUAUCCUUGUGCGUGCAAAAUAACGUAGCAGAGCUGCUCCAGAACAUAUAUAUAUAUAUAUACAUAUAAAGCGCGUAAUAAUAUAUAUUCUAUAUAUAUAUCUUUUUACUUUUGAGGUCCAUAAUAUAUUUUCUAUUUUAUAUUAUCUGAACGCGGCGAUGUUGUUCGUGCGCAAUCAAAUCGAUAACCCUUCCUGAAGUGAGACUUUUUAAGAUGAAUAAUAGUGUGAGGUGGUACUUUCACUAUACAUAAAAGCAGAAAUUUCAGGUAGGAAAUCGGCCAAAGAAAAUUAAUAUAAAUUAACUAAAACAAGCACGUGGAUAAAAGGUUUAUAUUAAUUUUGUAUAUUGAGGACAUCCUGAGAAUUCAAAAAGAAAGAAAUUUAUUGAAGAAUGUACGAGUGUCUUAAAAUUCUAAAAAGAAAAAUUGAAGAAUGUUAUAAAAUCUAAAAUUGAAGUCUAAAAUGCCUGAAAUUUGUGUAUUAAGAUAUGCAACCUGGCACGUGCGUACUUUAGAAAAUAAGUACUUUUCCACUGACACGUGUUCCUAAGCGAAAAAUUUAAAUCUUUUUAUACAAGCUCUUUUUUUGUAUACCUAUUGCAGAAAGCAAUCUUUUAUCACUCAAUAUGGAUCCUGUUGUAUCAAUACUCCGAUAUGGAUCAUAUACUCACAGUAAUGUUCACCUUUUAAAUAUGUUACAAUGUCCAGAAAGAGAGAGAGAAAAAAAAGGAGAGAAAGAUUGAAAGAAUGGUUUGUUGUUCCUUCGAGAUUGUGCGAAAUUUAAGAAAUGGCAUUGCUUGUAAUGUCCAAAAAUGGAAAAUCUACAUUCUAAAGACAUAAUGUAAUAAUCGUCCAUUCCAUUUCCAGCUCUCUGCGAGGAAUUGAAUUUAAAGAAUCCUCGCGUCUUUGCGCGAAAAAAAAAAACGUUAUGGCACGAAAAGACUAUGGAAUAGUGAGAACGAAUUCUUUUCUAUACCUUUAAAACGAUACUAUUGUAAUCUCGAUGGAUACGUGAGUUUUUCUUUGAUUAUUGGAUAAAUGCAGCUUAACAAGACGCCAAAGACAAAGGUCCUCUCUCGCGCGUACAGGGUGUCCAGGUGGCAUUAAUGGGAAAAAUGCAAUGUCUUCGGCGAAAGAGGGAAAUCAAAAUUGCAUUUUUUUCUUUGCAGAAAACCACUAGCUUUGUGAGUACGCCACAACUGUUUAUGUAACACUCUGUACGGUAGAGAAAGUAUACUGUAGUCGGUAACAAAAGAGGGAAAAUAUACGAACACGCAAGUUUGGCAGUACAAAUUGAUAGAACUCAAUACAGAGUGCUCUGCAUAUUACGCCAGGCCGUCUGCGAAGUUUGCAAUAAUUAAAACAAAAACAGAAAAGAGAGAAGAAAACGAAAACAGUUAAGUCUGACAAGAGUGUUCGAUAAAGUCGAGAUAUAAGAAAUAUUGAAUUGUUCAUGCUCGAGCAAAGUAGGCAACUAUUUCGUACGUGUGGAGGCAACCGCGUGCGUGUUUGUGCUUGUUGUAUGCGCGUAUAACUUCCUUCCCCUGUGCUCCCUCGCCCCCAUGUAUGUAUUAUACCGUAUAAAAAAAGUAUCGCAUAUAUUAAGAUUAAUUUUGAUAUCGUCAUAGUAUUUAAGGAGCGUCCGUCUCUUUUUGUACAUUUAUACAAGACGUGUAAAGACGAGAUCCCUCGAUUAUUACUUACGUUAUUAUAUUAGUAUUAUUAUUAUAUUAUAAUUAGCAUUAUUAUUAUAUAUGAAAGUUAUCACCAUACCAGUUAUCACCAUACUAGUAAACUAUCUGUUACGAAGUUUGAUCAAACUAACUUAUGCGCAACGAGAUGCGAUGUACUGCCAAAAA